AUGAUGAUGUCUUAUCCAAACAAAGAGCAGCGAACCAAAUGCUAUACUGCGAGAGACGGUCUCUGGAACUGUUUGGACACCAAUGAAGAUAAUCGCGAAAAAUGUCUUCAAAUCAGGAAAGCGUUUGAAGAUCAAUGUCCUCCUCAAUGGGUGACACACUUUGACCGCAAACGAGAAUAUCUUAAAUAUAAGGAUAAGAUUGAAAACGAAGGCUUUGAACCCAUCGAUCAAACCAAGAAUGAAGACAAGAAAUAGUGAUUUAUAAUGAAGAUUAUGUAGUUAUUCGUGAAUUUAAUUCAAACUUUAGUCCAUAUAUUGAAGUAGUAGUGAAGCCGUA